UUUUGAUUAGCGAAGAAAGAAGAAAGAGUUCAGCGCUCUCUCCUCUCUCCUCUCUCUCUCCGGUUAACGAGCUACUCAAAGUUCCGAACUUUAAUCGCAGCGUUUGCAGCCGCUUUUAGUAAAACGACGUCGUUAACAGAGAGAUGAAGCUCAUCCAAGUCUCUGCCGCUCGGUCCAGAGCUUCUCUGUAUUUUCUCCAUGGAGGAGUGACCUCUCGGACUCCCAAGCCACGCCCUGCUUCCUCUGCAGCUCCCAAAGUCGGAGCCUUUAGUCCGAGCCGUCUCUCAGUGUGUAGCUUUUGCAGGACCCUUCAACGAAACAAAGUAGGUAUGGAUGGCAUUGUCAGAUCAGCAACAAGUAAUGCCUAUUGCUCCAUGUUCUGCAGAUCUCUCCAUAAAGCAGUAGGAUUGCUAUCCUCAAGAAAGAUAUGGUUUAGGAAAGAGAUUUUGAGACCUUUUUCCACAUGCACCGAACCACUGAUCUCUCCAAUUUCCCCUCUUAUCAUUCGUCGCCCCCCAUCAUCGCUAGUGCUAGCCACCCGGCUUUCACCAUCUGAUGCUCCCCAGCGAUCAGAGGAGUGGUUUGCCCUACGCAAGGAUAAGCUGACCACAAGCACCUUCAGCACCGCCUUGGGAUUUUGGAAGGGGACCCGCCGGCCAGAGCUCUGGCAUGAGAAGGUAUUUGAAUCCGAGAAACAAAUUGUGGAAGCUUCUAAGAGAGCCAUGGAGUGGGGCAUGCUCAAUGAAGAAGUGGCCAUUGAAAAGUACAAAAGCAUCACAGGUCGCGAAGUGGGUUCAUAUGGAUUUGCUACCCAUGCAGAUGAGCGAUAUGGUUGGAUUGGUGCCUCCCCUGACGGUCUUCUUGAGGGUCUUAUUGAUUGCUAUCAAGGCGGUGGGAUACUGGAAGUGAAGUGUCCGUACAACAAGGGCAAGCCUGACAAGGCUCUUCCCUGGUCAACCAUGCCUUUCUAUUACAUGCCUCAGGUGCAGGGCCAAAUGGAGGUAAUGGACAGAGAGUGGGUUGAUCUGUACUGCUGGACACCGAAUGGAAGCACAAUAUUUCGCGUGUGCAGGGACCGGAGUUACUGGAACUUGAUGCAUGGAAUUUUACGGGAAUUCUGGUGGGAAAAUGUGGUUCCGGCGAGGGAGGCUCUAUUGCUGGGGAAAGAAGAAGAAGCCAAGAAAUAUAUUCCGACUUCUACACACAAGCAAACAGGGCUUGCCAUUGUCAAAAGCCUGAAGCUUGCCAGCGAGUCUAAGCUGUUGUGCAGAGAAAUUGCAGGUCAUGUCGAAUUUUUCUAGACGAUAGGUUUAAGUCAAGGGAUGAGGGAAAUUGAUCCUUAUUUUUUUUUCCCUACCUUUGAUGCUUUAAAUUGUAAUCCUACGGUUCGCGAUUUCAUUUGUCAAUUGUAUUGCAUCUCAUGGUGUAUUUAUAUGGUUCGAUUAUUUCUGGUUCA